AUGGCUGCUACAGGUUGGGAACAAAGUAGUGUAUACUAUACCCCUGUUCUCCCCGGAGAUCAAGAAGAAGACUCUAAUGUAAAUCAUGAAAAAAGUUUCGUUCGUUUCAUCGAUGAGUUUGUCAUCGACAACAAUUUUGUUUAUCGUAGUCAGCUUCGUGACAAUUUGAUGAUUAACCAGUACCUACUGAAAGUUGAUCUUAAGCAUUUGAUUAGCUUUGAUGAGGAUCUAGCUCAUUUGCUUUCUAGCCAGCCAACGGAACUUCUAUCGCUAUUUGAAUCUGCUGUUACUACGGUCGCAAAACGAUUGCUGUAUCGAAGUCCCGAAAGUCCUUCUGUUCUUAUUCCAACAUGUCAAGUUACCCUUCAUUAUGAUGCCAAUAUUCUUUCUAUUCGUGAUUUGACUGCUACUCAUAUCUCUAAAUUGGUUCGUAUUCCCGGUAUCAUUAUCGGUGCAUCUACAUUGUCUUGUCGCGCAACUUCUCUGCAUAUAGUUUGUAGAAAUUGUCGUUCUACCAAAUCCUUGCCUGUUUCUGGUGGCUUCACUGGCAUACAGCUUCCUCGUGUUUGUGAUGCUCCUGUUUUAGAUGGCGAGAAAAAAGAAUGUCCCAUGGAUCCUUAUAUCAUUGACCAUUCUAAAUCUUUCUUUAUUGACCAACAAGUCCUAAAACUUCAAGAAGCCCCUGAUAUGGUCCCUGUUGGUGAACUUCCUCGCCAUAUUUUAUUGAAUGCCGAUCGUUAUCUUACAAACCAAAUUACUCCAGGAACACGUUGUGUAAUUACUGGUAUUUUUUCAAUAUUCCAAAACAAAUCGGUCAAAUCUAGUGGUGCUGUUGCUAUUCGAAAUCCAUAUGUUCGCGUAAUUGGUAUUCAAUUAAAUUCAGAGGAGGGCACCAAAUCUACACCUCUAUUCAGUGAAGAGGAAGAAGAAGAAUUUCUAGAAAUCUCUCGUACUCAGAAUCUGUAUGAAAUCAUUUCCAACAGUAUUGCUCCUGCAAUUUAUGGUAAUAUUGAUAUAAAAAAAUCUAUUGCCUGUUUGUUAUUUUCUGGUUCCAAAAAGAUUUUACCUGAUGGAAUGCGGCUCAGAGGUGAUAUCAACGUUCUUUUACUAGGUGAUCCGGGUACUGCUAAAUCUCAGUUUUUGAAGUUUGUAGAACGGCUGGCUCCUAUUGCCGUAUAUACAUCAGGUAAAGGUUCUAGUGCCGCUGGUUUAACAGCUUCGGUACAAAGAGAUAGUGCUUCCGGUGAUUUUUAUUUGGAAGGAGGUGCAAUGGUUCUGGCGGAUGGCGGAAUUGUUUGUAUCGAUGAAUUUGACAAAAUGAGAGAUGAAGAUCGUGUUGCAAUUCAUGAAGCUAUGGAGCAACAAACAAUAUCCAUUGCAAAAGCUGGCAUCACCACUAUUUUGAAUUCAAGGACGUCUGUAUUGGCUGCGGCAAACCCAAUUUUCGGAAGAUAUGAUGAUAUGAAAUCUCCCGGUGAAAAUAUUGAUUUCCAGUCAACAAUUUUGUCGAGAUUCGAUAUGAUAUUUAUUGUCAAAGAUGAACACGACGAAUCAAGAGAUCGAAGCAUUGCUCGUCACGUUAUCAGUCUUCAUACAAACUUGCAAGAAUCAAUGGAAACAUUAGCAAUCGGAGAAAUUCCUUUCGAAAAAUUUCGACGCUACAUCAAUUAUUGCAGACAUAAAUGCGCCCCCCUCUUGAGCGCCGAAGCUGCUGAGAAACUCUCGAGUCAAUUCGUUGCCAUUCGAAAACAAGUACAUCAAUCAGAACAAGACACUAAUGUACGAUCAAGUAUUCCUAUCACCGUCCGUCAAUUGGAGGCUAUUAUACGAAUUACUGAAGCACUGGCUAAAAUGUCAAUGUCCAGUAUAGCAACAGAGGUUCAUGCAACAGAGGCUAUUCGCUUGUUUUUAACAAGUACUCUAGCUGCAGCUACACAAGCUUCUCCGGAAGUUACUGAAGAAGUAAAAAAGAUUGAGGGUAGUUUAAAAAAGCGCUUACCUAUCGGUUUUCAGGCAAGCUAUCGUAUGCUAAUUCGUGAAUACGUGAAUGGACACGGUUAUUCUCAGCGCGCUUUGGAAAUGGCUCUGCAAAUUUUAGCUUCAAAAGAAACAGUUCAAAUGCGAAACGGUGGUCAAACCGUCUAUCGAGCUGGUAUUUAA